AUGGCUGCAGGUAGAAAACGCUUGGUGCCAAAAUCAAUUCGCAAUGCGAGAAUACUCAGAAUAGUCCAUACGCCGCCGCCUCGGCAAUCAACACGUGCAGAAGAAAUCAGCUGCGACCGAGCCCACCAUACCUACGACAUCUGUUCUAUCAACGGCCCAACGGUCCUGGACCCCACCGCCUCAACAUUCUUUCUAAUGGACCCCACCAGAUCGACCCCACAAAAGCCACUGGUGGAAAAAGUCCGACCAUACGCUCGCAAGUUGGAGAAUUUCACGAUGUCCAGAAUUAAAGAGGUCACCCUCGUGGCGGGCCCACGAAGCCCAAAAUGCGAAAUCCAACACAAGGCCCCGGCCCUAGUAUUCAGCGCGGGCGGGUACACUGGGAACUUCUUCCACGAGUUCAACGAUGGCUUCAUCCCCCUUUACAUCACCGUCUAUACCGUCUUCCCUGAUCAAGAAGUCGUGCUUGUAAUAUCGAAGGCUCGUGAUUGGUGGAUCAGCAAGUACACAGAAUUGUUACGCACUUUCAGCAAACACCCUAUCAUAAACCUCGACAACGAUACUGCCACCCACUGCUUUCCUUCUGCCAGCGUGGGCAUGAUAUCACAUGGUUUUAUGACCAUAAACCCCUCGUUAAUUCCAAGCUCAAAAAAUUUCACCCAUUUCCGCGCCUUCCUCGGCAAAGCUUACAGCCAAAAUCGCAAUCUCCAAAACCUUCCAAAAUCCCGGCCACUUCUUGUGUUAGCAGGCCGGAGCGGCGGCGUCGGUCGCCUGCUCUUGAACCAAAAUGAAGCGAAACUCGAAGCAGAAAUGGUCGGUUUCGACGUGACUGUUUUCGAGCCAACACCCGGGACCCCAUUGAAAGAAGCCUAUGCGUUGAUAAAUUCGAGCCACGCAAUGGUCGGGAUACACGGUGCGGCGCUUACACAUUCGGUGUUUCUCCGGCCAGGGGCGGUGUUUGUGCAGGUGGUGCCGCUUGGGGCGGAGUGGGUGGCCGAGGUUUGCUUUGAAAGGUCGGCAAGAGCUAUGGGGAUAGAGUACAUGGAGUAUAGGAUAAAGGCGGAGGAGAGUAGCUUGAUGGACAAGUAUGGGAAGGAUGAAAUGAUUGUAAAAGACCCGGCUGCUUUUCGAGGAAAGAAAUGGUCCCAAGAAGCCAUGACCAUAUACUUGAAGGAACAAAAUGUUAAGCUGGAUAUGGUUAGAUUUAGGGAGUACUUGAAGGUAGCGUACAAGAAGGCCAAGAAAUUCAUGGACAAAGAAGGACAGUAACGAGGUCCAAGGCUGUAAUCGAGCCAAGCGAAGUUGAAUUUUGUUAUUCUAGGGCUGGCUUGUUUAAGAGGUCUCCUAAAUGAGCUGAGUUUA